AUGCCCGAGGAUCACGACUGGGAGGCGUACAAGGUGCCCCCGAGCCGCACCCCUGCUGCCGACAGGACCACCAGCGUCCCCAACCCCGUCACCUUCCUGCAGACCGCCUUCGACUAUGUCAUCGACGCGCCCGUCACCUUCGUGCGAGAGUGGAUUGAAAGGCAGCAAGCAAAGAACAAGACCUACUAUUACCACCAGAAGUUCCGGCGUGUGCCUGACUUGAGCGAGUGCCUCGAGGGUGACUACCUGUGCUUCUACGAGGCUGAGGCCCAGUGGAGGAGGGACCGGAUGGUUGACCAGGAGAUUGUGGAAAUAGUCCGGGAAAGGCUGGGGGCCUGCCAACACAGAGAAGGGCCCAACCAGUUCCAGAACUGUGCCAAGGAGAUGGAGCUGCUGGCACAGGUCACCAAGGCAUACCAGGACAGAUAUGGGGAUCUUGGUUACCAUGGCAAUGCCAGGACAUGCCUGAUGAAGCAGAAGCACAGGAUGAUGGAGGAGAGGAAAGCAGCACAAGCCAAGGAGUAG